AUGGCGGGGACCGCUACGGCGACUUAUACUACAGAUGUUUGGACGUCCCCCAGUGUAGACGGGAGUCAGUGGGAGUAUGCUGUCCCGAUUCGUCAGGAUAGUACCAACCAUCGCUCCAAGUCACGUUCGUCCCGCGAAUCUCACGCCCGGUCCAAGGAGCGUAACUCCAAAGGCUCUCGCAGCUCAUCCUUGUCGCGACAUGCCCAUGGCCACGAGCAUUUCAACCCCCGAGGCCGUCGAGAAUUCAGCCACAGUCGGCGCGGAAGUGAAGCAGAAAGCUCGCGGUCGAUCUACGGGCACGACAUUGGCAGCCCCCGGGCCGGAAAUGUGAAGGACUCGGUGGAUGCACUUUAUCGAAAGGGAUCGGUGCGACAGGGCGAGCGGAACGAGGGCAUUGGGUUGUAUAUGAACGAGUUCGACCAAGACAACUGGAUCCAUCGCGACAAGCUGGCCAAGAUCGAGAGUGAGGAGCUGCAUCAGGCUGCCAUCCUCCUACAGCGUCGGGCUGGAGCCGAGGGCAACAAGACGGGUCGCUCGAAGAACCAUGACUCGUAUGGGGCCAGCCCGCCAACCGAACUAGAACCAUGGCCUAGUCUGCUUGAUGACCCCCGUUCUCCGACUUUAUCGGAAGGAGGCGAGCGCCAGAACUGGGAUCUUCGUCGACCAGAAGAGAUUGCGGCGGAGAAGACGGACGAUGGAGCGUCGGGCUUCUACCGCAACCCGGGACAGGGCAAGAGCUCUUCGCGAAUACCCGUUCCCACGGCCAGCCCGGCAACGACUUCGCCGGGGCAAGCCGGACGGGAGUUCCCGAUACAGCGCAAGCGGGCAUCGACGAACGGCGACGACGAAGUUUUGUCCUUUGGGAUGCCCCGUCGGGCGAGUGAGCCGAUGUCGGUGGACUCUGCCAGCAAUAUUACUCCGGCAGGGAGCCGGCCUGGUAGCCGCGGGAACGCCCUGCAGAAUGCCGCGGGCAAGAAGACGACGGCCAAGGGCGCCACGAAUCGCAAGACGUCGGCACCCCCGGCGACACGGAAGGCGACGCCGAGAAGCCGGGUGCCGUCGAGCACACAGCGGACUGGCAAAAACGACAACCGCCCGAUCAACCGACCGGAAGGCGACCCGCCAUGGCUGGCGACGAUGUAUAAACCGGAUCCCCGUCUGCCGCCGGAACAGCAAAUUCUGCCCACACAUGCACGACGGAUGCAGCAGGAGCAGUGGGUUAAGGAGGGCAAGACGCCUACUACAUAUGAUCGCGAGUUUGCGCCGCUAGCCAUUGGGCAUGAUGGGCCGAUUCCGAUGGAAAAGCUGGCGCCGAAAGAAGAGCCGGAGCCGGCGAGUACGGAGGAAAAAGAGAAGGGAAAAGAGAAAGAGAAAGAAGAGCCGGUACCUCAGAAGAGCCCGAGCUUGAAGAAGAGUCCAAGCCUGCAGGCACCCAAGGGAUCGGAGCCGGGGCGGCCGAAUUCGAGCACGGGGUACAGCACGAUGCCGCGGGUGCAAGAGCCACCGAUGGCGGCGCUGCAGCCGAAAUGGAGCCCGCCGGUGGUGACGGCGCAGGAGCCGCCGCCGAAGGAGAAGGGAUGCGGGUGUUGCAUAGUGAUGUGA